GCGGCAGAGCUCGAGAGAGACAGACUUAUACAGAGAGCGAGCGAGCGAGCGAGAAAGCGCUUCGGUUCCUUGCUCGUGCGAAGUUCUCCAAAGAUCUCCCCGCAAAAAAGCAGGCGAGACCGGAGCAGCAGCGACUCGGAUCCUAGCAAGGAAGGAUCUCAACUGGCUGAGCAGGAACUCGUUGGCUGAUCUCGGGACUUCUGGGCCCUUGGCAGAAGAAGGACCGAAAGCUGAAAAGAACUUUUUCUUUUUUUUGCCCUGGACUUUGGUGGGAGCGCAGCGUGGCCUCGGACUGCUCCACUGCUGGAGGGGGUGACUUCUGAUUCGGCUGUGCUUGUGCUUUUGCCGGGAGACAGGGAGUCCGCUUUCGGACGGGGUGGUUGCAGAAGGAUUGCUUAGAGAGGGCAGAAGGUGCAGGUGAUUCUGACUUUCAUCUUUAGGAGCCAUGCAGCUGGAGAACAUCAACCAAGGGAGCCUCCACGCUUUCCAGGGCCACCGCGGGGUGGUCCACAAUAACAAGCCCAAUGUCAUCCUCCAGAUAGGGAAGUGCAGGGCUGAGAUGUUGGAGCACGUGAGGAGGACCCACCGGCACCUCCUGACCGAGGUGUCCAAGCAGGUGGAGCGAGAGCUGAAAGGCCUGCAGAAGUCGGUGGGGAAACUCGAGAACAACCUCGAGGACCACGUCCCCUCGGCGGCUGAGAACCAGAGGUGGAAGAAGUCCAUCAAGGCCUGCCUGGCCCGGUGUCAGGAGACCAUUGCCAACUUGGAGAGGUGGGUCAAGAGAGAGAUGAAUGUCUGGAAGGAGGUCUUUUUCCGCUUGGAGAGAUGGGCUGACCGCCUGGAAUCUGGAGGAGGAAAGUAUUGCCAUGCAGACCAAGGCAGGCAAACGGUCUCUGUGGGGGUAGGGGGCCCAGAGGUCAGGCCCAGUGAAGGGGAGAUUUACGACUACGCCCUAGACAUGAGUCAGAUGUAUGCCCUGACUCCACCUCCUAUGGGAGAUGUUCCUGUUAUCCCUCAGCCCCAUGAUUCUUACCAGUGGGUCACGGAUCCAGAAGAGGCACCCCCUUCCCCGGUGGAGACCCAGAUCUUUGAGGACCCCAGGGAGUUCCUGACUCACCUGGAGGACUAUUUGAAGCAAGUGGGCGGGACGGAAGAGUACUGGCUCUCCCAGAUCCAGAACCACAUGAACGGCCCUGCCAAGAAGUGGUGGGAGUACAAGCAGGACUCGGUCAAGAACUGGCUGGAGUUCAAGAAGGAGUUCCUCCAGUACAGCGAGGGCACCCUGACAAGGGACGCUAUCAAGCAGGAACUGGAUCUCCCCCAGAAGGAGGGAGAGCCUCUAGAUCAGUUCCUCUGGCGUAAGAGGGACCUUUAUCAAACCCUCUAUGUCGAGGCUGAGGAAGAGGAGGUCAUCCAGUACGUGGUAGGGACCCUCCAGCCCAAACUCAAGCGCUUCCUUAGCCACCCUUACCCCAAAACCCUAGAGCAGCUGAUCCAGAGGGGCAAGGAAGUGGAGGGCAACUUGGAUAAUUCCGAGGAGCCCAGUCCUCAGAGGACCCCUGAGCAUCAGCUCGGCGACUCUGUGGAAAGCCUGCCUCCUUCUACCACCGCCAGCCCUGCCGGGAGCGACAAGACACAGCCAGAGAUUUCUCUCCCUCCGACCACAGUGAUAUGACCUCGGAGGGGAGCUGUCUGAUCCAGAGGAGAGUUGGUUGGCUACUUGAGGAAGAGGGUUUCCUUUGGGCGGAAACCUGGCAGCCGGGAAGGGUCUGAGGAGACUCUCAACCCAAUGGCCGAGAAGAGGAGAAUUGCUUUAUUUUUUUCCUUCCUUCCCUUUCGGGGAGGCAGACCAUGUGAAGAACAUGGCCCGCCUGAAUCACCGGGGGGAGUGGUGGUUCAAGCCGUAGGACUGGCGGCAAUUCUGAGGAUUUCUUUGCAAACAACAACAACAACAGCAGAAUAGCAUUGCAAGGGCUUGGCAGCAGUUACAAAGGCAACCAGCCUAUCUCUUGUGGCAAUGCACGCUAGAUACUCCUUCGGCAUUCAUUUCCGAGAGAGUGAAACGGGGCAAUAGAGAAGACGGUCCUUCCUGCUUUUAUGGUCAGCCCUGUCCUUCAACGUGCUUCUCCUUCCAGGCAUUCUCUCUAGCUUCUUGGAACCUAUUGCUUAUACCUCAGCCUCGACUCGCCAAUUCUCUAGAAAGCUGUCGGUUUCUGCUUCGACCCACACUUCCUCCAACUUCUAGACUGAGCUUCAAACAGACAGGUCGGGAACAUUUUGACCCAUUUUUGGCAGGACUUUGAGAAGCCUACCAAGAGUUUUAACCCCAGUCCUGCUUUCACCCUGCUCUUCUUUUUCUGCUUAAAUAAACCCCUUGGACUCUCUUCAGCCCUAGCUUGAUGAUUAAGGUCCUUCAGGUCCACCAGUGCUAUGUCUUCUGUCACCACACAUUCAACAGUGGACCAGAGCUAACCUUAGGUGCUUUACUUCUCUCGGUCUUGGACUUAUGGGAGGCAAGGAGCUAGCAUGGAGAGGACUUCUACUUCCCUCCUUCAUUUGGGAGCUUAAAGCUGUUGCCACCACAUGGUUGAGAAAGAGUGGCUAUCAAAGAAGGGACCCCACACUGAAGAUGUGGUAGGGCUCGAAACCCACACAGGUAGGGCUAGAUUCUUG